UUAUUAAAGAAAAAGAAAUUAGAAAAUCUAAAUCCCUGGAAGCCACGAAGUGUUAGAAUUUCUUGUCAUUGAAGGUACCUUCUUUUGUUGCUUGACCCUCAAUCAAAGACCAAUCUUUUCCGUUUGGCAUAGGGAACUUCAGCACUGAAGCCCUAAUCACCAUAUCCAUCCCCCUUUGCUCCUUCUCCUCCAACAGCAUGGGUCGGGAAACUGUGUUCCUUCCAGCCCCACCAACCACUACCACCACUAUAGUGAAUCCAGUGGCAGCACCAGCUGCACCACCUACCUCUCUUGCUCCUGGUUUCAGGUUUCACCCAACUGACGAGGAGCUUGUUAUCUAUUACCUCAAGCGCAAGGUUUCUGGUAAAAGCUUCCGAUUUGAUGCUAUAUCUGAAGUGGACAUAUACAGGAGCGAGCCCUGGGACCUAGCUGAUAAAUCAAGGUUGAAGACAAGGGACCAGGAGUGGUAUUUCUUUAGUGCAUUGGACAAGAAGUAUGGAAAUGGUGGAAGGAUGAACAGGGCUACCAACAAAGGUUAUUGGAAAGCCACUGGUAAUGAUCGGCCAGUGAAGCAUGAUCAAAGGACUGUGGGGUUGAAGAAAACUUUGGUGUUUCACAGUGGGCGAGCUCCUGAUGGGAAGAGGACUAAUUGGGUCAUGCAUGAGUACAGGCUUGUUGAUGAGGAGUUAGAGAGGGCUGGGACUGGAUCCUCUCAGCCUCAGGAUGCGUAUGUUUUGUGUAGAGUGUUUCACAAAAAUAACAUAGGACCUCCAAAUGGGCAAAGAUAUGCACCCUUUGUUGAAGAAGAGUGGGAUGAUGCAUCUGGAAUGGUUCCAGGGGCAGACCCUGUGCAUAAUGGCUCUAUCGCCCACCAGCCACGUGUUGAAGGCAACAAUGGUGUUUUAUUUGCUGAAGGGAGAAAUGGUGUUCUACAGGACACUCAAUCCAUCAAUAAAACUCCAUUUGAUGUGAACAAGCUUCCUAUAGAAACUCAAAAUCUUCUAGCUGUUUGCAAGAGAGAAAGCAUGGCUGAGUAUCCAUCUCCUGAAAAGGAUGAUAAUAAUUGUAAGCAAGUGGAUGAGUACCCUUCACCCCAAACAGACAAUCCAAAACCCUUCUCUCUAAUAUACAAACGAAGGCGGCAUAACUUGAACUCCAACCACUCUAAUGUUUCUGGAGAUUCAAUCCGAACUGGUCAGGAUCCAUGCUCCUCUACAAUAACUACUGCAGCAACAACACUCCCAACCACCACUGCUGGUGCUGACACCACCAACUCUGCACCAAAAAAGCAUUUUCUGUCUGCACUGGUGGAAUUUUCCCUGCAAGAGUCCCUUGAAUCUAAGGAAAGUCUUGCUUUGAUCAAGGCACCGGAUUUUGAUGCCGAAAACCUUGAGUCAUCCAUGUCUCCAAGCUCUGCCAAGUUCAUCAAGAACUUGCAGAAUGAGAUCCAUAAGCUUGCAGUCGAAAAGGAGACAAUGAGGUUUGAGAUGAUGAGUGCUCAAGCGAUGAUUAACAUUCUCCAGUCUCGUGUUGACGUUCUCAGCAAAGAAAAUGAGGAUUUGAAGAGAAUGACCCAAAAUCCUUAGACAUUGGCAAUGCAUGCUCGUCUAUCAGUUUAAGUUAGUUACAGCUGGUAAUGAAGCUCGUUGUUCGGGACAUUUUAUUUCUGAGUAAGGAUUUUAGUUCAUUUCUAUGGCUAAACUUGUCAGUGUUACAAUUCCAAACUUGUCAUCGUGUAUCAUAUGACUUCCAAUUUCCCAUUGUCGUGACAGUGUCAGUGUUAGUUAUUGCUUCUCUUUAUUCAAUAGAUUAGCACCUCAAUUUGAAGCUGAAA